AUGUGGAUGUGCCAGCGGAUCCUGUGUUUCGCUCCACCGAUAGCGCGUGUUCAUUUCAUCCGAUGGGAGCAUACCGUCUUCACUAAGAGUGGGAGAGGCCUCAGGAACCUACAUGAAGAAGUUAACAGACGGUUCACAAAGCGAAUACUGGAAAGAUUACAUCGAUGGGAUGGAAUGAGUGAAAAUGAUUGGUUUAUGAUCUACCGGGAUAAUUAUGCUUCACGUUUUGUCCUACUCAUUACCAUAGCGAUACCUUUCGUCGGCUUUUUGACAUCAGAGAAUUGUGUAGCUGAUGUGAAAGAUGGUCGACUAUGGGAUGCGAUCAAGGAUACUAACAUAGUUCGACAGAUGGGCGUUUUUGUUGUACUUCCAUUGUUUUCUUUUUUGCUUGUGGCAUAUCUGGCAUGGCAUCUCAAUGCCAUUCGAAUUCGUCGUAUUUAUAUCAAUAAAAAAGACCAGAAAACAUUUAUCGCCGUCAUUUCCCACUGUAGCAUAUUUGCUCGAAAGUUACUUUUCACAAGGCACAAUGUUCGAAUACUGGAAAGUGCUGCACAUCAACUAUGGUCAUUUGUGAAAGGUUCUAUCAAAAUCAAUAAGCAUCGUUUUAUGCUUAAUGAUGAAGGUUUCCGAGACAUUCAAUAUCGACAUCUGAUGUUGGGACGAAAUACUAAAUUGCUUACUAUUGCCGAUAAGAAUAAGAAGACAAUGCUGUGA